UCCAUAGCUUUAUUUAUGGCUUAGUUAUGGCACUUUAUGUGUUUUCGGUUUUCGUCAUUUUGUGGGCGUGGCAGUGGUCCGAUUUUGCUCAUUUUCGAAAGCAACCUUCCAUGGUGCCAAGAAAUAAGUGUUCCAAGUUUCAUCAAGAUAUCUUAGUUUUUACUCAAGUUACAGCUAGCACAGACGGACGGACGGACGGACGGACAGACAGACAUUCGGAUUUGAACUCCACUCUUCACCCUGAUCACUUUGGUAUAUAUAACCCUAUAUCUAACUCGUUUAGUUUUGGGUGUUACAAACAACCGUUAUGUGAACAAAACUAUAAUACUCUCUUUAGCAACAUUUGUUGCGAGAGUAUAAAAAUCUUGCAGCUCCCUCGAUGCUUCAAAAGUAUUUGAUGACCAGAAUGCACAAAACAGAUUGGGCCAAAUAGGAGCGUAGUUUUGCUAAGUAUCGCAAUGUAUCCAUAUAAUCAAUAGUUGAAAGUUGAAAUUAGGAUAAGUUGAUCAAUUUGUAAGUUUGAUCAAUAGUCAGGGAUGUAGUGCGGGUCGCCUCCGAGUGGUGCAUCCUGGGUAACGCUAAAUGACCUGCGGCCUUCACGGCCUUACUAACCCCCUGAUUUUCCAGACCAUAGGCAUUACACGGACAACGAGUAGAGACACCUGUUUAGAUAUUGCGGUUGAACCCUGGGCUGGUUGUUGGGGCAUUCUGUCACCUGAGUAUGAUGGGGUGACACUCAUCAGAAAUGGCCGACGGGCUAAUGUCUCAACGGCCUCCGUCCCGUUAAAACCAUGGCAGGUCUCGGAGUACGUUCCCUCGAGAGGUACCAACAAACCCCGGAAAAAUCCGGCUAGGAAGCUAAAGUCGGAUCGACGUUUAGCAGCAAAAAUUAUGGAGCGUUACGGCGGAAAGAAGGACGGGCAGGCAUCGGAGCAACACGCCAGCACCCUCAAGUGGGCCGAAAAGGUCUUGAACGAGAGAGUGGACCCGGCAUUGACAGGGCAAGGUGCAGCCGGGCCGGUCAAGCGACAAAGGUCGCUGAAGGGUGAGUCCUCCCUCGUCAAGAGGCCGCGGACAGGAGCUGCGCCAACUUUCAGCGAUAUCGCUAAGUCGGCGGGCUCCAUCGAGAUCGGCGUGUUGGACCGCAGUAGGGGGGAUGGUGCCAUCUCCCGAGAAGAAUGGAAGAGGGUGGCGGCGGCCAUCUCUGCCGUGUUCCUGAAGGUGAUCAGGGGAAACCCUGGGCCACCUCCGGAUUGCGAAAGUGCUGGUUGGCACUACGGGCUUCACAAGCUGAUUAGGUGUGCGGAUGAACGAUCGGCAGUGCUCUAUAAAGAGGCGGUCUCUCUCGUGGGGGAGGUUUGGAAAGGGGCCAGAUUGGAGGCUGUAGACAAGGCAGAUUUGCCACUGCGUCCUAGGGCUCGCGUCUGGCUUCCAGCUGAACCCUCCUCUGCGGGUGAAAUCGAGGAGAUUAUAAAAUAUUGUAAUCCCUCGCUGCCAGCACACGACUGGAAGGUGAUACGGCUCGAGAAAACCGAAGAACCCUAUCGGCAAGCGCUGAUACUGCUUAAUGAGGAGUCCAUCGGUCCUCUCAACGAGCUGAAGGGGGCCAUUAGUUAUGGCUUUGAGAAGGUAACUCUGAGAGUUCUCUCCACCGAAGCCAAGACGGACUGCUCGCAGCCUGCCACGCUUCAAACAGAAGCGGAUGGUCAAAUGACCAUGGAAGUGGACCAGGUCCCCUCGGAUGCUGCCAGCAUUGGGGGCGGCUCGUCAAUCGAUGAGUCCGCCUUCGGUCUGGAUAAGCUGUUCGUCGAAGAGCAAGAGGAAGGCAAUCAAAGCGCUGAACUAGCGUUACUGGAGGAGAGUCUGUAGAAUGAAAUUUCUCUAGAUUAACCUGCAGCAUGCAAAGGCGGCCUCCGCAGAGUUAUUACUCCGUCUGGAACGGGAUGGAGUCGACGUCGUCUUUAUCCAGGAACCGUGGCUGAGCAGUAACGGUAUUUCUGGUUUAAAUACGAAGAGCCACAAGCUACUUGCGGCCAGUGAUUCAGCAACGGAGACGUUGUCACCGCUAACUUAGAGUGCGGCGUGGAAGGGAUAUGGCUGAUUUCGGCCUAUAUGUUCCACGAUGAUGAGGUGGAUCCACCCCCCCUGCUGCUGAGACAAGCGCUGUUGGAGGCGCAGCGAAAGAACAUCGGGGCCAUUGUUGGUUCUGAUGCUAAUUCGCGGCAUGAAAUCUGGGGCAGCACGGAUACGAAUCAGAGAGCAAAACGGGCGAUAAUUGCAUAUGUACUGGAGCGAGUGACUGAAUUAAACAUCAACAGUGCGACACCAGCAAUCACAAUAAACAAGUGCUACGGAAAUAAAUAAGAUUUACACGAAGACUUUCGGGCAACUGCACAUUCACAUUGUGAGAGUUGGAAUGGAGAGUUGGCGGAACAAUUUUUGGAAUCGAACUAUUCGACUAUUAAGUUGGGUUAAGAUGUCCGAAAAGUUUUGCCUCAAUGGGUGGCUAUAAGACAGUUUUGCGUAAGAACUCCUACCAUGAUGGCAUCUAUCUAAGCCCAUGUGGCUCGUUCCUAAUCUAAUUAAAUCGGAUCAGCGCACCAUUACACAGUGGUUCUGCCCAUAGACCAAAAAUCAAAAAAUGUAUAACCAAAUAUUUAGACAAAAUGUAAACGAAUUGUCUCUAAAGUGACCAAGAUUGUAUAUGGUAAAAAAGUAAAAUCUAACGGGACUUUCUAAAAAUAAAAUCUAAGACGUGAGUACAUGUUCAUUUUCAUAGCGCAACGAAUACUUCUUAACUAAAGGGGGAAUUCAAAAUGAU